AUGCACGUGAUUUGCGUGGGCGAUUCUACGGUUGAGCAUCUCGCCAUCAAGGAGGUCCUCUGGUGCUGUCCACAGGAGGCUGGCAGCUUCUGCAAGACCAUCAAGCUGAUGUCUGACCCGUCAGUGCAGAAUCUCACUGAAGAGUUGCAAGUUCUCACCUCGUGGCUCCAGCAAAUUGUCGUUUGCGCAAGAGAUUUCGACAUCAGCUUUGAGUCGGAGGACUUCAUGGAGAACAUGGCAGCCACUCUCAAUGGGGAUGCUGACUGA